AGCACCCUGGUCUGGGAGGGACCCACACCACCCCACAGCCAGGCCCCACUCUAUCAUGGGGCCCCAAGGGCUCAGGAGGCCCCUGGGGAAGACGGGACAUGCUCAGCCCUCAGAAGAAAAAUUUCUCACAGGGAACUCCCUUCCAGGACUGAGUCUGGGCCCCAGGACCCGUGUGCAGGCAGAGACCCUCUCCAAACCCAUACUCUGGGCUGAGCCAGACUCUGUAAUAACCCAGGGGAUCCCUGUGACCAUCUGGUGUCAGGGGACCCUGGAUGCCCAGGAGUACCUACUGGAUAAGGAAGGAAGAUCAAGGACCUGGGCCAGACAGAAACCACUGGAGCUUGAGAACAAGGCCAAGUUCAACAUCUCAUCCAUGACAGAGCACCAUGCAGGGCGAUAUCGCUGUCGCUAUCAUAGUCCUGCUGGAUGGUCAAACCACAGUGAUGCCCUGGAGCUGGUGGUGACAGGAUUCUACAGCAAACCCACCCUCUCAGCCCUGCCUAGCCCCGUGGUGGCCUCAGGAGGGAAGGUGACCCUCCAGUGUGGCUCACGGCUGGUAUUUAGCAGGUUUGUUCUCAUUAAUGAAGGAGAACGUGAUCUCUCUUGGACUCAGGACUCGCAGCAACACUCAUAUAAGUCCCAGGCCCAGUUCUCUGUGGGCCCCGUGACCCCCGGUCACACGUGGACGUUCAGAUGCUAUGGCUAUCGCAGGAGCACUCCUCAGGUGUGGUCCAUCUCCAGUGACCCUGUGGAGCUCCUCAUCUCAGGAGCACCUGACGUCACCAGCUUCUCACGGAACAAUUCAGAUGCCAAGACUUCCCCACACCCACAGGAUCACACUGUGGAGAAUCUUAUCCGCAUGGGCAUAGCUGGCUUGAUCCUGGUGGCCCUCGGGAUUCUGCUGUUUCAGGAGUGGCACAGCCAGAGAAGACCCAAGAUGCCACAAGGAAGUAACUCUGGAGAGAGCAAUGCACCAUCCAGAGUGGGAGAGCCCUGGAAGUAACUCUGAUGCUCCAGGAGGUUCUAGAAGAAAAUCUAGGGCACAUGCUAUCUGGACAGUGUCCUGGUCAUUUCCAGAGGAAGGGAUCAAUGUUUGAGCACAGGGACGCUGUAUGGAGUGUGUGUGAAUAGGACAUUAAACUCAGAUACUUUUCCUCUGCACCAGUGUUGACUUCCCUUGCCAGAUCUUCUUUUCCCAUGAAGCUGUGUCCCACAUGGCACCUGGGUCCAACGUCUCCACACCUGCUCACUCUGGUCCACUGUCAUGUCACACAGUUUUCUUUAUUUGUGACUGCCACCCUCCCUGAUGCAUUUCAUCAGCUUCCAUCACUUCAGUUCAGAGUUCCAAACUUUGUUCAAUAACUACAUAAGAAUGGGAGAUCAAUUUCCAACCAGGAAAAUGUGUAAAUCAAAAAUGGUGCCCUGACACUUGUGUGGACCCUACAAGCUCCUCACCCUUUACCAGAUGUUCUCUGCAUUUUCUCUGGAGAUGUCCCCACUUGGUACCAUCACACUGACUUCCCUACAGGAUUGAGAACGGCGGCGUGUGCUUCUCUGUGCAGGCUUAUUUCACGGAAGUUCUUUCCACACUGCUGAAAGUAACGGGAUGGGCUUCUGAUAUUGAACUCCUACUCCGUGUGUGUACACCUCAUUCCCUUAUCCUCUCACCCAUUCAUGUCUGUUAUGUUGAAUCGUGCACCUUGGCUGUCAGGGAUGAUGCUGCAGUAACAGGAGGGCCCGUGUCUACCCCCAGUGCAGUGAAGUCCUUUCCUUUGGACGUGCACUCAGCUCUGUGGUUGUGCCUCACAAGGCAGUUCCAUGUUUAGUGUUUAGAACAACGUCCUCUCCUUUUGUGCACAGUGACUGUCCCCAGGUACACUUCCCUACUGGCAUCUGCUCUUUUCUUUUCUUUUCUUUUUUUAUUUUUUAUUAAGUCAAAUACACACAGAUCAUGAAUACAUUCAUGCAUAUGUGGGGUACAAUGUGCUGUUUUUUUUGUACAAUCUGACGUGGUUAGAUCAAACCAAUCAACAUAGCUUUCACCUCAUUUACUCGAUUAUUGUGCCAAAACAUCUAUGUUGUAUACCUGACAGAAUUGAUUUGUACCCUUGUCAUAUGCUCCAUAGGUGUGGGCUCGC